UCGGAAAUUCAACCCGCAAUGUUGGACGAAUCGUUGAACGAUGAACAUCUACUGUACCGUUGGAUUGCUGGCAACCCUGGCUUUGGUGGUCUCUGUGUCCGCCGACGAGGCACGCUGCAUGCGCGAGGAGGGGGCCUCCGACGCGGACGCCCAGGUUCUGCGCGAGUCCCGGCCGCCGGUCACGAGGACCCAGAAGUGCUUCUUCGACUGCAUGUACCGGGCGUCGCGCUUUUCGGACGGCAAGCGCUUCACCAAGGACGGCUUCAUCGCGUACGUCAUGCGGGUCGUCGGCCACGACGGGCUCAAGUUCCAGGUGCUGAGCGCGAUGGCCGACAAGUGCGUCCACCUGGAGAGCGACGACCGGUGCCAGCUGGCCGCGGACAUUGAAAAGUGUCUGUUCGGGCAGCACCGGAAGGAUUAGAUUGCUGAAAGGGGUCUGACGCGA